UGUGGCAAAAACAACACGCUUUUGGAGCACAGACACGUCAUCAGCAGAGGCAACUAAGUCAACCCAAAUUGAGCUAACUAUGAGGCCCACAGCAGCCGUGGUUGCCGCAGCAGAAUCGGCCGAAGCAGCAGCAGCAAUGACAGUGGCCACAACAGCAACAGCAAUAGCAACAACAACAGCAACAGCGGCAAGUGCGACAGCAACAACUACAAAUGCGACAAGAGCGCCAGAGACAGUGUUCAUAUCAACAAUUGCGCCAACAUCAAGAGCAGUAGAGCCGACGGCACUCGAACUGUUGGCGGCUGUGGGUGCAAUGUCGUCGGGUUCGACUGCGUCGGAACCGGAUGCGAACAACUCCAAUGAAACGGCAAUGCCGCUGGCGUCCAGCGAGGAAAAUGCCUGGCUGCUGCCCCCGCCUCCGCAUCCGGCCAACGCAGAUGCAUUGACGAAGGGCUUUUCCAUACCCACAUUUCUGCCGCCAUUUCCCGUGUUCGCGGCAGCGGAUCUGCCAGCUUACCGAGCCGCAGCAGCAGCAGCCGAGGCCGCAGCAGCAGAGGCAGCAGCAGCAGCGGAGGCAGCAGCAGCGAAGGCAGCAGCUGCAGCCACCUCGGACAUGGCCACAUUGUCGCCUGAGCAGCAGCGGCAACAAAUGUUUAAUGAGCAACAUUUGUACUUGGCCGCCUACAAUGGCGGAGAGACGGGCGAGGGACAGGUGCCCCGCAGGAAUCUCACAAUGCCGGUGCUAAACAUUACGGCGCAGAUGGGAAAUCACGCGUACAUGCCAUGCCAGAUACAUCGGUUAUCUGAUAAGCCCGUGUCGUGGGUGCGCCUGCGCGAUGGUCACAUUAUUAGCGUCGAUGAGACGACCUUCAUUGCCGACGAGCGGUUUCAAUCGAUAUUCCAGGAGGACAACGACUACAGCUGGUCGCUGCAAAUCAAAUACGCGAAGUCUGCCGAUGCCGGCUGGUACGAGUGCCAAAUGGCCACGGAGCCCAAGCUGAGUGCCAAAGUCCAUCUGGACAUAGUCACGCCCAAGACUGAGCUAAUUGGCGACCAGAGUCGCUUCGUCAAGGCCGGCAGCAAGGUGGCUCUGCACUGCAUCGUGCGCGGAACCCUGGAUCCGCCCAAGUACAUCAUCUGGUUCCGUGGCCAGAAGAAGGUGAGCGAGAGCGACGAGCAGACGGGCUGGUAUACCCAAAUCGACCGGAACAUAUUCGGCAAUGUGGGCGAUAAUCAAAACACGAUCGGUUCAUUAAUUAUACCAUUCGUGCGCAAAGAGGACUCGGGCAAUUAUACGUGCCAGCCUUCGAACAGCGUCUCUGUAUCCGUUGACCUGCACGUGCUCAGUGGUGAAUACUCGGCAUCGGCCAUCAUGUCCGGCGCCGGCUCCCCAACCCAACAGCUCAGCACGUUCCUGUUCCUGUCCCUGCUCCUGCCACUCCUCGUGCUCGGGAUGCCCCUCACGGUGGUGCUGGAACCCAAGACGUGACUUGUGACGUGACUCGCUUAUUGAAUGGCCAUCGCCUGGUGGACUUCAAUUAUUUUUAAGCUCUGCGCUCCGCGCGCAUUUAUGUAAUUUAGGUUAAAGAUUAAUUAGUGCCAGCAUUGUAAAUAUCAAACAGCUUGGGCGUUUAGGAGUUGAGGCAGAAGACGCGGCAGAAGCGGCAGAAGCGGCAGAGGAGAGAACAUGUAACACGAUGUUAAAACUUCUACAAUUAAGUUAAUUCUUAUAAUAUGUAUGUGUGUACUUUGUAAGUCUUAAUUGCAAAACUGGCGGCGAAGAAAAAGGAAUUCUAAGCAGUCGGAAAAAAGGGUUCAUUUCUGAAUGCAAACCUAAAUAAAUA